AUGGAAAUGUCUGGAAUUCUUAACCCAGAAGAUUCAAUGCAUCUGUUUGCUUUACAUCUGGUCUAUCUUCCAAGAAUUAAUCAUGCCCUAGACGAAUACAAAGAGGCAUUUGACCCUCAUGCAGUAAGGACAGAGAACAACUGGACUCCUUGUCAGAUGUGGCUUAAUGGUAUGAUGCAUGAAAGAAAUCUUCUUGCCCAUUCGCAGCUUCAUGAUAACCCGGAUGAUGUUGAAUAUUACGGGUAUGAUCCCCAAGGUCCAUCACCCCUGGAAGACAACGGCACUGUAGUAGUUCCAGAGGUGAUGCUUGAUAAUAAUGAAGAGAUACGGUCAUUUGUAUUAGAGAACAUAAACCCCCUUUCUCCAUCACAUGACAUGGGAGUUGACAUUUAUGUAAAUGCUCUCCAACUUGCAGAAAGUAAAAUUGGAGAAUUAAAUGGUCCCAUAGUGUAA